UUCAGCUUUGACGCCAUGUACGGCCCAAAUCCCGACCUCCUCUCCGGAAAGGGAGAGAGAGAGAAAAAAGAAAAAACACAUGAGAAAAAAUAGCUUGUAACCCUACAUACUGUGUCGGAUAAAACACGCCGAGAAAACCACUUGUAAACUGGAGUUUUGGUCGCUUUUUCUUCUGCUCUUACUUUUUUUUUUUUUUUUUUUAACCCCUUUCUUAAAGGAGUCUGUUAAGAUUUACUCCGGCUGAUGUUUUUAAUGCCUCGUGCUCUUACGCAGAACAUGGGAUUUACGUCCUAACGCAGCGCGUUGGGGGAAAAUAAGCGACGCUUGGAAACUUUCUCAAUGGAUUUUGCAGACUGCUUUCCCGACUGAGCUGCAGGAGUAAGGAAGAAACUGGGACUUAUUUUACCUGAGCUGAAGCUGAAAGUGACGAAAACACGGAAUUCAGAUGUGUCCCCAGCCAGCUAGAGACGCCCUUCAGUCCAAAGAUGGAUUCCAGAAGUCAGAACGACAGCGACGGAGGAGGAGGACGCCAUGGGGGGUUGCCGUCAUUGACUGGAUUGGCGAACAUGGCGCAUGACGAAGGUAGAGCACAAUCACGGUCUCUGCAAACCCUAGAUGCGCCGUCAGAUCUUGGCCUGAACUGCAGGUUACGGCCACACACUCCACCAGUGUUAUCUCUGGAUCAGAUAAGAAUAAGCGGUGGUAGUAAUGAAUAUACAGACGGGCCGUCGGCUGCUCAAAGGUCUCCGGCCACCCAGCAACGGAAGACCGAUGUGGCUACAUCAACGGGUUCAAGGACCAAUGGACAGCAAGAGACCGAGGAAGAGAUGUCCAACAACCUCCGCAAUCUGCAUUCAGUGACUCACCAAGGGAAUGCAAAUGCUCCCAUCUCUUCAAGAGAGGGUGUGUCUCAGUCUUCCAGUGUGGAGGACUCCCAGAGCAGCGUCCGCACCAGCGCAGGGAGCGGUUCUUCGGGUCAGCGGCUUCUCGGCAGCCCGGUGAACAGCAGCGAAAUAAUCAGAAACCAGCCAAAACGAGCUGAUUCCGAGGAGCUGAAACCCCUGAACACAGAGUACAGAGACAUAGAAGCAAUUCCAGGCAGCAGGAAGCCUUUAAAAAAGGACAAACACUCCAACAAAUGCGAGUCCUGCGGUCGGUGCAAGUGCUCAGAGUGUGUCCAGCCGAGAGUGCUUCCGUCCUGCUGGAUGUGCGGCCAACGCUGCCUGUGCUCUCCACACAAGGCCGUGGAGUACGGGACGUGCGCCUGCUGCGUGAAGGGCAUUUUCUACCACUGCUCCAACGAUGACGAGGACACCUGCGCGGACAAGCCCUUCUCAUGCUCUCAGUCACGCUGCUGCGUACGCUGGACGACCAUCACGGUCUGCUCCUUGCUCUGCCCUUGUCUCUUGUGCUACCUCCCAGGUAAGGGGUGCCUGGCCAUGUGCCAGUGCUGCUACGACCGAGCCACACGACCCGGCUGCCGAUGCAAGAACUCAACCGUAACCCGCUGUCACGACGACAGCACAGCAACGUAGGCCAGGAUGAAAUCGGACAUUUAUUGACCAACUCCACACUGAGUGAACUGCAAAGUGUCAAGUUGCACAAUUUGAGCCAUCUAAUAGUGUCAUUGUGGCUGUUGUCUUUAUGUCCACCUGACAUGUCAGGAAAGGCUUCCAUGUGUCUACUUUGAAUGCAAAUUUACUAAAAGAAAUGUUACUGGUAAAGGCACUGGAGGUGCAUUUACUCACCCCAGCAUUAGGAGUUUCACUUGAAUGGUCAACCAAAAUAAGCACUCCACAUUUCAAGGUAUGGCAUCUUAUUUAACUACUGUUAUAUCUUUUCACUCAAGUGCCAUGAUUUCCUAAUACAGUCCAAGCAGAUAUCUUUGGGGUUUUAACAUUUGAUACAAACUAUAUUCUAAAAGCUUCUGCUACUAACUGUAUGUAACGUAAUAAUGGAAAGGGGAAAUACAAUAGAAAAUGACAGAUGUUUUAUUUUUGUAUAUAUAUCUAUAUUAUACUUCAACUGUGAAAGGUUUUCUGCCAUUAGAGGCACCUUGAUGAAUCUGCACCAGCUCCCAUUCCUACAAAGUUUCUGCAUUCACUGGAAUAUCUACCAAUCAUAUUUUUAAAUAAUUCACAAUGUUAGAGAUCUUAACCCUGAUCCUACCUGUAAAUUGUACAGUGACCUUAUUAUUUGAAAAAGAAAAAAAUGUCUAAUUCCAAAAUUGCCUAGUGUAAAGUUAAAAAGAUAUAUUUAUUUGAAGGUUUUAAUAUUUUAUUAUGACAAAUAUUUAUUUUGAGAAAGCAUUGUUAAAGGCCUCCUCUGUUGCUCGACAGAUUUGACACGAAUAGCUCACUAUGAAUUAGAAGAUGAAUAUAUUAACGUAUAAAAUUAAAAAGCCUUGAAGUCUAAUAACUGUGUGAUUUUUAUUGAUUGUAUUGAAAGGUUGGUACGGCCAAAAUGAAACAAUGAAAUGUCA